ACAACCCAAGCGUGACGGGGUUAUUUCAGCAUCUAUCCUGUUCUUCUGCGGGACCAAAGUCAUCAAUCACAGGCUGGUCCAGACCAAAGGAGCACCAUCGAUUUUCAAAUCAAGCCUGAGCGCUUCGGGGAGGGUGAACUUACCGGGACGGAUCAAGGGAUUAAACAAGUGUAAAAUGCUGACAGAUAAAAAGCGCCCCGAAGUGGAAUGGGGGCAGUUGUAAUGGGGCAGGUUUUUGUGGCAAACUUUUGUGAAAACGUGCGAUAGCAAAUGCACAUUAAUUGGUUGGUUUAUUUAUUCAUUGAUAGAUUGAAUGAUGUAAGUUUUAAACCUAAUUAUUGUUAUUAAGAACUCUGGAAGAUACUGACUGUAGUGUUCAGAAAAACAAUUAAGCACGUAGAUACACACACACGGACACGCAGAGAGACACGGGGGAGGCACGUAACGACACACCCAGAGACACGCAAACGGGGCUCAGAGACACCGCUGACCUGCCGGCUCUCACUGCAUGUGACUGCAUGCGUCAUAUCAAGAUCAGCACCUCGGACAGCAGGAUCCCCCGGACGAGGAGGAAAGAGAGAAUAUCGGAAGAGGGGAAGCGGAGGGAGAGCGGCUUCAACGAGCAGCCCACGGCAAACGGGCGCGCUGUCUAAGGUGCUGUCAAGCGGACGGUCAUUACGCUUCCCGCCGCGGCUGCAUCCACACCUUGGGCUGCGAUCUGAUAUAGCGAUCCGGCUCCUCCCAAGGAGGAGAAGCAGAGGGAAAGCCAUGGAUGGGCAGUGUGGGUAUGCUUUCUGUUUCCGAAACGUUUAAAUGCGGACUGCCAGUGGUGUGAAACCGAAUCGGUGCGGGACGGAUCCUGAAGGCAUCUCCCGAAGCGAAACGGAAUUAAUGAUGAAAUGACAACCGGGCUACCGCCGACAUGCAGACAAAAGAAAGCCGCUGCCGCCGCCGCCGUUAACGCGUCCUGGCGGAUUAUGCUGUUGGAGAGCGCUGCGCCCAGAUAUGACCGUGUGGAUGUACUGUUACCGCGUUGUUUUCCCUUUUUAAAAGUCCUCGCACGGCUCCUGCUCCCGGCUGCGCCCCGUUUCUCUCCUCCUCCGCUGCCUUGCGAAGCUCCAGACGGACCUGCCGUGUUGAACCCGGGACAGUGCGUCGGGAAGCGUGUCCACUGGGCGGCCGCCGGGGUCCGGGGCGCCGAUCCCUGAAGCUCAGCGAAAAUCGAAGAGACGAGCUGUCAGUCGGGGCUUCGCUUUUGCUUUUAAAAGCCGCUCCCUUUAUGUACUUUAUGUACUAACGCCAUCGGAGGGCAAAACCACUGCAAACAUGCUCACUUUCUGAAUCCCCCGUUACUUAGCCUACUUUUCACGCUCCGGGCGGUUCUUUCGUACCUUUUUUGUAGCUGUUAUGCUUAUGUAUUUAUAUCACAAAUCCAUAACAUCUACAGACGAAUAAAAAAAAUACAAAUAAAAUAAUAAUAAUAAUAAUACUGCUUGCAAAACUCAGGAGCAUCCGGAGUAUCGGACAGAAGUCGCAUCUUUUUUUAAAUUGAUUUCAUUUCAUAGAUCGAAUAUCGAUAAAUAAUCAGUCAUGUUCAAGUACCGGAUCCGCAUGUUUUUCAACGAGCUCAAGGUGCUGGUCUUGAUGCGGUCCGACCGCCGGUCCGACGCGGGCUCACAGGCGCUGGGGAUGCGCGGCUGUGGCUGGCCACCGUUCCCCGGCUGCUCCCCCCGGGAUGAUGAGGAGGAGUACUACGGGACGGAGCCGCGUCCACGGAGCCUGACGUUUGAGGAAGGGGAGCCCCGGUUGCCGCCGGGCCUGGACGAGGUGUCGCUGAGCAGCGGCAUGGACGGCUUGCGGUGCCGGAUCUGCUUCCAAGGACCCGAGCAGAAAACCGCGCCUCCGACCUCGCGCGCCUCGCCCAGGCCGCCGAUGACGCCGGACGGCCAGCGCCUGCUCCGGAGCACAGUUGGCGCUCAGCGGGACAAUCCCACGAAGCGGAAGGCGGAGGGAAUCGGAACAGGAACGGAAAUGGGCCGGUCCAAAGCCGACAGACGCCUUUUUUUUAAGCGGUGCUUCCUGCAGGGUCUGGAGGCACGAAGGUCCGCGUACACCUGUCAGCGGCCACCAGGACCUCAUCAUCAGAGCGGGGUAGCGCCCACUGCAGCCAAAACGGAGGCUGCGGGGAGCGGGAAAACUCUUACAUUUGUUUCCCUUAAUAAAGCAAUUUUACUAAGGAGCGUUUCAGCUAUUAAGAGGCGAACACUCAGGAAAGAGAUGAGUCAGCUGCCGAUCCCAUUUGUCUGGUUGAGAUGCAUUGUGUGGCACCUUCAUCAGGCAGUAGUGUCAGUGUUUCAUGGCUGGAAUGAAUCCACCGUAACUGACCCUGCCUGUGUUCCGCCCUAAAGAAGGUGACGACCCCUUCUCCUCUCCACCCUGAUGGAGGCUCAGGAUAGAACCAUCCAGAGUGGAUUCUUUAGCAGCUUUCUGCCAUAGCGGGUGGGUUUUUUUUUUCUAUAUAAAAUAACAGCAUUAAAAGAAUAAUUAUUGUCUUUCACUUUCACCUUUUCCGGUCAUCAUGCUCAUUCUCAGCUUCUUCUCUUAAUGCCCAAACAGAUUCAGAUUCAUUAGCGCUUCAAGUGGCAAUUCAAUAAUCUGCCUUUCUUCCUUGUUGUCGGGAAAGCUCUCGGAAACCUUCACCCACUUCAAAGUUCAAAGGCAUCCUGCUUCUACAUUGUCCAGCUUUCACAAUCAUAAUGAAAUUGCAAUAUUCACAGAAAAUAACCGUAUUCAGAACUAUUGGCAAAUUUAUUUUUCGAGACGUGAGACGGUACUUCAGGGAGUGUAGUCUAGUACUUUUGAAGUAUUUCCAACAGUCUUAAGCCGGAAAGUGUCUCCUUGUAGUCCAGCAUCUCUCUGUAUAUGUCCUGCAUACAGGUUGAGUAUGUAGUGUUUUUACUAACUAAUUAACCAGUGUGGAUGCUGUCUGCUGUUAUAAUUGUACAUCCAACAGCACAUAUACUUCAUAGUUUGUAACAUAUAAUUGCAUUAAUAAGCAAAUAAUUUACAUCUACAUUUACAUUUAUUUAUUUAACAAAUAUGUUUGUGAAAAAUGACAUACAAAUGAGGUAGAUAGUAUACAUCUAUGACAGUGUCUUCAUUAUAAAUAUACCAUUUUUACCUGCAACAUUUCAAAGGAUGUGAUAGGGAACAAUUUGAAAGUUUGUUGUGCAACUAGCAAAACAACAGAAAGACAUUUCAGUGCCUUCCUUUGCAUUCCUUUUUUUCACAAGUCAUUAAGUCCCACACAUACUGCAGUUUGACAAGAGAUAAACGAUGUCAGGGUGUGUGUCAGUUUGACCAUUGAGGGAUAAACGAUGUCAGGGUGUGUGUCAGUUUGACCAUUGAGGGAUAAACGAUGUCAGGGUGUGUGUCAGUUUGACCAUUGAGGGAUAAACGAUGUCAGGGUGUGUGUCAGUUUGACCAUUGAGGGAUAAACGAUGUCAGGGUGUGUGUCAGUUUGACCAUUGAGGGAUAAACGAUGUCAGGGAGUGUGUCAGUUUGACCAUUGAGGGAUAAACGAUGUCAGGGUGUGUGUCAGUUUGACCAUUGAGGGAUAAACGAUGUCAGGGAGUGUGUCAGUUUGACCAUUGAGGGAUAAACGAUCUCAGGAUGCGAUGAGCUACACAGCAGCUGUUCUGUUGAUGAGUUUCCCUUCGCUGGCUGUAAAUGAUGCCGCCUUGAUCUUGGCCUCGUGUGAUUAGACCAAAGACACAAAAAACAAGCAGUCUGCAGGUAUGCGAGGAGUGGGAGCUUAGUGGGAAAGCUGGACCACCUCCAGUGGAGGCAGAUUCCUGUUUUUUUUUCUUGCUGUGUGCUGUGCAUGUGCCUGAACAGGAAGGGAACGACAAGGAAAGGAAGAGAGAGAGAGAGAGAGAGAGGGAUGGAAGAACCUUGUGGAGCAUCAUGUGUGACAGGAUACAUGUCACAGUGGGGGCGACUGCUGAAUGACCCCAGGAAGGGCGAAGGGAGAUAUGUAAAUGCAGAACAAAGGUGGGGUUUGGGGUGGUGUGUGGACAUCAGAAGGUUGGCAGUUCAAGUCCCAGGAUCAGCCCAUAACUGACAAUCACUUCUGGGGCUGUCUGAUGACACUUUCUCAAAAGUAGUACCUCACUACAUAAAAGAGUUUGCUAAGCAACAAGAAAAAAAUGGUGUUGAGCUUUUUGUAGAGAUGUUAGUUGUAUGUUUUUGGUAUCAUGACUGAUAUAAUAGCUUACAAUAGCGUAGGAAAUUAUAGCCGACACUUGUAUCAAAAGAAAAGCUAAUGUUUCAGAAUUUUAAUUAUUUGAUAAUUGUCAUCAUAAACAAAAGGCCCUUUUGCGAAAAUGAAUUCAAAAAGGCAAUGUAACAAAAUGAGACUGAUAAUGUGCUGUUGACGGGAGCUCAGUAUUUGCGGGGAAGGAUCGUGAUCCUCUUCCUGUUUGCCGGUUCUCACUCAGCCCAGCUGGCUCGUGGUACAGUCACGGUGCACAAAAGCCAACCGGAGCCAGCUGGCCGUCGUCAACCAGGAGCGGUUUGCAGUGACAGGAAGCACUGUCCCUCGUCUUCAGGCUGUCACGCGCUCGCUUUAUACAGCAAAGGUUACUUGUAACACACUGGAGCAGGUUCUGUUGUGUAGGCCAUCCCAGUGGCGCCCUCUGUCUGCUUGGCAAUAACCUUCAUAGGCGCAAUUAGGCAGCUCCGGAGGACGUCCGAAACAGUGCAGUGCAAUGACAGUGUGAGCUGCGGCCAUGUUGGGGGCGGAGCCUCACCCCAGGGAGCCCUGCCGCCUGUGCCAGUGUGGUGGAGGUCUGCACCUACAGAGCUUGUCCACCGAGGGGUCCGUGUGAUCGUCCGUCACGACGUAGGUUUGUGUUAUUUUCUGUGGUAGCAUUUUAAAAAGCUAUUAGUCUGUGAUUAUAUUCAAUAGCAGCUGAAAAUUUAAGGAUUACUAAUAACUUACUCUUCAGAAUCUUACUAUUAUGUUACUUCACAGUGGUGGGUGCAAUGGAAUGUUUUGGCACAAUGCAAUGCAAAGAAAGGUGAAUAUGAUAAGGUGAAGGCAGAUGAUAAGGUAGAUAGUGGUGAUUAUUACUGUGGCCCAAAUGAUGAUGUAAAGAGCAGUGAUUAGUAUGGGGGGCCCAUAUGAUAAUACAAUGAGGGUGAUUAGAACUGGGCUGGAAAUGUAACAACAAUAUAAUGUAACAAGAAUGUAACAAUGUAACAAGAAGAAAUUAGUAUGGGAAGCCAGAUCAGAAUAUACAUCAAAGAUCUGUGAUAAGUAACAAAUAAGCAGAAUGUAGGUAUCAUCUCUGCGUAGAAGCAAUGGGCAGAAAUGUAAGGGUGAAUGGGAAUUACAGAUUGAGUGGGGGUUGCAGAGUGGGUGAAUGGGGGGUUACAGAGCGAGUGAAUGGGGGUUA